GCUUGCUUUGAGGAAUUUGAACAGUGUAUGCGUGCCUGGAAGCGAAAUCCCAGAUUGGUUUACUCGAGACGAGGUUUCUUACUCAAAGCCCAAAAACCGUGUGAUCAAAGCUGUAAUUGUAGGUAUUGUUGUCUCUAUCGACCAUUCCAUACAAAGAUGAUCUAAGAGAUCAAUCCCCUGUAGUAGCAGGUAUUCUAAUAACGAUCCUCAGAUUGAACGUACCAAUAUUCAAUACUACACCGCUUUUAGGAGUGCCAAAGACAGAUGAAGAUCAUUUUUACUUGUGCCGAUAUGAAAAUCAUACUCCAUUGGUUUUGUUUUUGAAAGACGGUGACAAGAUACGAGUGGCAACGCAGAACCCUUCUCCUCUCAAGGGGGUUCACCUGAAGAAGUGUGGGAUUCAUCUGGUAUUUGAAAAUGAUGAUGAUUAUGUCGGUGACGAAAAUUUCAUGCGUGAAGGUCAGCAAUCUGUAUCGCAGAAAUUAAUGACGUUCAUGGGAUCUUCUGAAGAAGAUAAACAGACCUUGGACCCUAUUUCUGAAGUUGAAAGAGAAAAGCCAGAGAGGAAACAAAGAGACGGAAAUUCAUUUGUUCUUCUCUUCAUUGUUCUUCCUUUGUCCUUCCUGCUGUUGAGUUGGUUGGUAUUCAUGUUUUAUUGUUAAGCAAUGCUAUAUAUGUAAUCUUAUUUCUUACCUUAUUUUCUCACUUGUAAAUUCAAGUGUACAGAUGAUUACUUACAGAAUGGGACACAUGUGACACGUGAGACGAAGGGUGGGGUCUCACACCCUAUUAUGUGAAAAUCUUUUGUGUUUCUAUUCUAGACGCAUGAGAAUGAGAUUCACAUUAAUAAAUGCACAUGAGAUCUCCUCAAUUAUAUGUUUAGAAGUGAGAAAAUACGGUAAGAAAUGAAAUUAUAAAUAGCAUUUUCUUUAA